AUGCCCGCCCUCAAAGACAGCUACAUCAUCCCGGCGGCAGCCGACAUGCACGUGCACCUGCGCAACGCCCCAGGUCCCAUCGCGAGCCUCGUCACGCCCACCAUCCGCAAGGCCGGCAUCGACACCGUCUUUGUCAUGCCCAACUUGGCUCCGCGGCCUGUUGUGUCGGUUGAUGAGGCCCUGGCUUAUAAAGAUGCGUUGGUGCAGCUGGAUUCGGGGGUUAAUUAUCUUAUGUCGCUGUAUUUGCAUGAGAGUAUUACGCCUGAGGAGAUUCGGAAGGCGAAGAGCGCGGGGGUUUUUGGUGUUAAGGCCUACCCCCGCGGCGCAACAACCAACUCCCAAUGGGGCGUCGUCUCCUUCGACCCCUUCCACGACGUGCUCAAGGCAAUGGAAGAGGAAGGCCUCGUGCUGAACCUGCACGGCGAGGUACCCAGCAGCGCGGCCGACAAUGUGACGGUCAUGAAUGCCGAGGCCAGGUUCCUGCCGGUGCUCAAGGGCUUGGUCGAGAAGUACCCCAAGCUCAAGAUUGUGCUGGAGCACUGCACCACGGCUGAUGCGGUUGAGGCGGUACGGUCGCUGGGGGAUAAUGUUGUGGGGACGAUCACCGCCCACCACCUCUCGCUUCUCGUCGACGACUGGUCCGCCAAUGUGCACCACUACUGCAAACCCGCAGCCAAGACACCCGAAGACCGCCGCGCCCUCCUCAACGCCGUCGUCACAAGCAACGGCAAGUUCUUCCUCGGCACCGACAGCGCUCCCCAUGACAUCUCCUCCAAAAAGGGCAAAGGCAACACCGCCGCCGGCGUCUUCACCCAGCCUUACGCUCUCGGCUACGUUCUCACAGCCCUAGAAGAAGCCAUCGCCCGAAACGACAUCCCCGCCUCCUCCGUAACCGACGACGUGCUCAGCGGAUUUCUUUCGCGGUACGGUCGAGCUUUUUACGGUCUGCCCACCACAGGUCUGCCACAGAUCCGUCUGACACGGGGAGCGGCACGGGUCGAGGAGUCGCUUCGUGGGAAGGGUGAGGACGGGGUGGAGGUGGAGGUUGUGCCGUUUCGCGCGGGGGAGGUGACGUGGGGGGUUGAGUGGUUGUGA